AUGGAUACUACAGAGGACUUCAGCCCAUACCGCCCCGAUGGCAAACUUUACGGCUUCGUCUGUGUCGUGACCGGAACCUCACAGCCCGUUGGUAAGGCCAUCGUCCACGAGUUGGCCACACACGGUGCGGCUGCGAUCUACGCCUGUGAUCAGCCCACGGCCCUCGACGCCGACAAGGACUUUGUCGAUGCCAUGUCCAAGGAGCAUCCCCACACAAAGCUCAUUCCCUACCCCUUCCACAUCGCGAAGGAGGAAGAGACAAUCAAGCUCAUCGAUGAGGUCCUGCACGCCUUUGGCCGCCUCGACGUCUGGGUCUGCUCGUCCGGCCUGCUGGGGCCUCCCUCAAUCCAUGACACCACUCCAGCCGACCUGCAGCGGUGCUUUGAGGCCCACUCCAUGGCUCCCUUCUUCGCGCUCAAGUACGCGCCUCCUGCCAUGGGCAAGCUCACGAAAAAGCAGGCCUACCCCAAUGCUGCCCCCAAGUCGCAGAGAUAUGGCAGCAUCAUCGUCAUCAGCAGUGUGGCAUCCACAUAUGGAGGCUGCUGGGGGCCUAGCUACACCAUGGCCACCCAUGCCGCACUUGGGGUCGUCAGGGCCGGAGUCGCCGUGCUCAAGGGCACUGGCGUUAGGAUAAAUUGCAUUUCUCCCGGCCAGGUCGACGUCGGCGUUGACCUACACGGGUCCGACAUGAGAGGACUCGUGGCGCAGUUUCCACCGGCAUCCUUACAGACGCCCGAGGCCCAGAAGCAGACAAUCCCGCUCGAACGUGCUGGCCAGCCCAAGGAGGUUGCGAGGGUCACAGGAUUCCUCGCAUGUGGCUUCUCAUCCUAUGUAAACGGUGCAAACAUGGUGGUGGACGGAGGCGCAAGCGUGAUGAACCCGAUGAUCAUUCCGAUCUGA